GGCUGUAACUCUAAACCAGCCUGAGCGAGGCCUGUUUUGAUUCGGAAACCAGCCACCAGCGUGUCUGUGCGGAACGCAGGAACUGAGGGCCAGCCCGCCACCUGAAGCUUUUGCGCACAUUGGCUGGGAAGGGACGUCUCCUCCUGCCAGCCUUCUCUGAGAUUUGAAAGUUCUGUCGCAGCUUUCCACGGAGGGGCCUGGUGGGCUGCCGGGGGCCUUUUGAUGAGCCUGCUGCCUUAGCCCCAUCAGGGAAGCUGUCCCUGAGCCCCAUCUCUCCAGCUCUAAGUGGCGAUCCAGAGGCCACCGCGCGAGAGCCCAGCCAGCUGUGGCCUAGCCACCCUCCUGCAGCCAUCGUCUGUGAGAGCUCCUAGGGACCAGCGCUCCCCAUCAGGGCCCAGCAACAUGGAUGUAGACGCCAAGUACCGCCAGGCCUCCCUCUAUGUGGGUGACCUCCCUCCAGAUGUCACCGAGAACAUGCUGUUCCUGAAGUUCAGCACCGUGGGAACUGUGCUGUCCAUCCGCAUCUGCAGGGACCUGGUCACCCGCUGCUCCCUGGGCUAUGCCUAUGUGAACUUCCUGCACGUGGCUGAUGCCCAGAAAGCCCUGGACACCAUGAACUUCGACGUGGUACAAGGCCAACCCAUCAGGCUCAUGUGGUCUCAACGCGACGCCUACUUAAGGAAAUCUGGAAUCGGGAACGUGUUCAUCAAGAAUCUGGACAAAUCCAUUGAUAACAAAACGCUUUAUGAGCAUUUUUCAGUUUUUGGGAAGAUCCUGUCCUCUAAGGUGAUGUAUGAUGAUCAGGUCUCCAGGGGCUAUGGAUUUGUGCACUUUCAGAACCAGGCUGCCGCCGACAGGGCCAUUGAGGAGAUGAAUGGGAUGCUGCUUAAGGACUUUAGGCUCUUCGUUGGCCCAUUUAAAAACCGCAAAGAUCGGGAAGCUGAGCUCCAAAAUAAAGCCAAUGAAUUCACCAAUAUUUACAUCAAGAACUUUGGAGAUGAGAUGGAUGAUGAGAAGCUGAAGGAAUUUUUCAGCCAUUAUGGCAAAAUCGUGAGUGUUAAGGUGAUGACAGAUUCCAGUGGGAAAUCCAAAGGCUUUGGCUUUGUGAGUUUUGAUACCCAUGAGGCUGCCAAAAGGGCUGUUGAUAUAGUGAAUGGGAGGGAAAUAUUCGGACAGCAGGUAUUUGUAGGCCGGGCACAAAAGAAAGCAGAGCGACAAGCUGAGUUAAAGCAAUUGUUUGAGCAGCGGAAACAGGAAAGAUCUUGGCGGGUCAGGGGAACGAAAAUCUAUGUUAAGAACCUCGAUGAGACCGUUGAUGAAGAAAAACUACGAAAAGAAUUUUCUUCAUUUGGAUCAAUUAUCAGAGUGAAGGUAAUGCAGGAAGAAGGACGAAGCAGAGGGUUUGGCUUGAUCUGCUUCUCCUCUCCAGAGGAGGCUGCUAGAGCAAUGGCUGAGAUGAAUGGCCGCAUGUUGGGCUCCAAGCCAAUUAACAUCGCCCUGGCCCAAAGGGCCUAGGAGAGAAAGGUUUAUUCCAUCUGCCAGUGAAUGCAACAGGUGCGGGAAUGAUGGUGAUCUCUGAAUUGUCCUCAGUCAAGUUUAAUUCCCACGUGAUGGCAGCUUAGUUUAGUAAACUAUGUGGUAAAAGGUUCUAUCUACAAAGUUUUUUUUGUUUUCAGAAAAAUUAAUGAAUCUUAGAAGGUUGCUUCAUUUUACAGAGGCAUACCUUUUCAUGA